AUGUCGGUGCCAACAGCAACGUCGCUGCGCGACAUUUACCCUGAAGACGCGGUUCCGGUCGAGACGAAGCGAUGGGAGAAGCUCCUAGCCAGGUUCAAGGAGGUCCAUGGCAGGCAGGCUGAAUUUGUUGCUCGCAGUCCUGGACGAGUCAACAUCAUUGGAGAGCACAUUGACUACUCCUUGUACGAGGUGCUCCCCAUGGCCAUCACUGCCGACUUUAUCAUGGCAGUAGCUGUCCGACCCUCAGAUGAGAAGCCCCGGAUACGGAUAGCCAACCUCAACUCUGAGAAGUUCCCAACACGAGAGUUCGACAUCCCUGAGGGAGAAAUCCCAAUUGAUGCUACAGAACACGAGUGGACCAACUACUUCAAGUCUGGUCUCAAGGGUGUGACAGAACUUCUCCAGAAAAAGCGUGGCAAGUUCCAAUCAGUCGGAAUGGACAUUGUCUGCGACGGCACUGUACCCAGCGGUGGUGGUCUCUCCAGCUCCGCAUCGGUUGUGUGCACCAGCGCGUUGGCAGUAUUGGCUGCGAACGGUGAGGACAAGAUCGACAAGAAGGAGCUCUGUGAGCUUGCCAUUGUGUCGGAGCGUGCCGUUGGUGUCAACUCCGGAGGCAUGGAUCAAGCUGCCUCAGUCUUCUCUCUGCGCGGUUCUGCCCUCUACGUCUCCUUCAAGCCCAACCUCGACUACACCAACAUCGAGUUUCCCACAACAGACCCUGAGCUUACGUUCGUCACCGCUCAAAGCUUCGUCGCAGCUGACAAGCACGUCACAGCGCCAGUCUGCUACAACCUGCGCGUAGUCGAAUGCACACUCGCCGCUGCCUUCUUAGCCAAGGCCUUCGGUCUGAAGAAGGAGCUACCAACUGACUCUUCGCCACUCGGCGUCAGCUUGCGCGGCUUUCACGACACGUACUUCGAGGAGAAGGAGGGCGUUUCAGACAACACAAAGACUUCUGUCGCCGACUUCGAGACACAACUACACAAGCUGGUCCAGCACACCGAAGACUACCUCACACAAGAAGACGGCUACACACGAUCCGACAUCUGCGCCCUCCUUGGCGUCUCAGAAGAUGAUCUCAACCAGCGAUACAUGUCCAAAUUCCCCGUCCGUGCAGAGAAGUUCAUGCUGCGCCAGCGCGCCCUGCACGUCUUCACAGAAGCCCUGCGCGUCAUCAAGUUCCGCUCUCUCCUUUCUUCUCCGCCCUCCACGGACAAGGCUUACCUCCAGUCCCUCGGUGACCUCAUGAACACAACACAAGACUCAUGUCGCGACAUCUACGACUGCAGUUGCCCCGAGCUGGACGAGCUGUGCCAAUUGGCACGUGCGGCUGGCGCUACGGGAAGCAGACUCACCGGUGCUGGGUGGGGAGGCUGCAGUGUGCAUCUCGUGCCCAAGGACAAGGUUGAGGCGGUCAAGAAGGCGUGGGAGGAGAAGUACUACAGGAAGAAAUUCCCCGACAUCACGGAAGAGAAGCUGGCACAGGCUGUUGUUGUUAGUAAGCCGGGCAGCGGAAGUAUGAUCUUGAAGGUCACCGGUGAUUCAAUUGUUUGA